AUGGGUCUGUUCGACUAUCUGUCGAGCGCCUUCUCGGUCGCCGUCGAGAUAAACUACUACGUCAUAGGCGCCGGCGUUGUUUACAUAAUCGUGAAGAUUCUCGAGUUCAAGGCGAGCUCCAGAUUCGGAUCCGGAGAUGAGCUCUUCGCGAAGCGCGUCAAGCCGGCGUUUUCCCUAGUGCUGGACCUGGACGGCACGAUUUUGCAUUCCGUCCAAACUCGGGGUAACAACACAACGUCUUCCAUCGCUCUAAAUGUGGGCAAACGUGUUCGUCACUUCGUGGUAUACAAGAGGCCGCACCUAGACACCUUCCUGAUGGAGAUGCGCAAGCGCUAUGAGAUAGUGCUCUACAGCGCCUCGCAACCGCUGUACGCAGACGCAUGCCUCAACUACGCGUGCGUCAACCACCUCUUCGACAGGAAGCUCUAUCGCAACGACUGCACCGUGGGACCCGGCGGUGUGUUCGUAAAGGAUCUCGCCAAGGUCAACAACGACCUGUCCAAAGUGGUGGUCCUGCAAAACUCAAUGCAGUCAAACGCCCACGUUUCGGCCAACAGCUUGUUGAUAGACAGCUGGUCUGGCGGCGUUCACGACACUGCGUUGUUGGACAUAAUGCCUCUGCUGGAAGCACUGAGUCAUGUGGAUGAUGUGCGUCACAUUUUGGAAUUACGCCGCGGGGAGCCGGUGAGGUAUCCGCCGCUGAACAUCCCGCAGCAGAACCGAAGCGACUCUGCCGCCAUGCCUAGCGAGCCAUUAAACCCGAAUGGACCCGCAGAGCUCCUGGGAGAGCUGCAGAACUGGGAUAACAUCGGCGCUCGCCUGACAACGCGGGUGAAGCAGAUCUUCGACACCAUGGGCCCCGAUACCACGCUGCACAUGCCUCCUCCGAGGGGCGGCCCGCCGCGGUCUAACAGUAAUAAUUCAACAUAA